UUCACGUGCAUGCUUCACCCGGCGGUGCCCAACACCAAGUACAACAUCACGAGACAAGGCGACGUCUCCACCUUCGCCUUCACGGACUAUGGGGUUAAAGUGAUGCUCGAUCUCAAUGUGUUCCUAGUGGAUGUGGUGCGAGAACCAGUCGGACGGGUCCUGAAGCUCGACUCGAUCCAAGGAGGCAAACUGUGGAUGGGGAUUGAUAUGCUCAUCUUCAAUACCUGGCACUAGUGGAACCGCCGAGGGCCCAGUCAACCGUGGGAUUAUAUACAAGAAGGUAAGCAGAUUUACAAAGACAUGGAUCGUAUGGUCGCUUUCGAGAAGGCACUAAAAACGUGGGCUGGGUGGGUCGAAGCCAACAUCGACCCAGCCAAGUCUAAAGUUUUCUUCCAAGGAAUUUCUCCCUCUCAUUACAAUGGCACUCUGUGGGGGGAACCGAGCGCGAAGAGUUGCCUAGGCCAGAAGCAGCCGGUGCCUGGCUCGACUUAUCCAGGGGGCUUGCCACCAGCUGUGGCGGUCUUGAAGGGUGUACUGAGUAAGAUCAAGAAGCCUGUGGUGUUACUAGACAUAACGAAUUUGUCGCUGCUGCGUAAAGAUGGACAUCCUUCCAUAUAUGGCCUUGGAGGGAGAAUGGCGAUGGAUUGUAGCCACUGGUGCUUAGCAGGUGUUCCAGAUACUUGGAACGAGAUCCUUUACAAUCUCAUUCUUUAACAAACAUAAGCUCAUUUUGGGGUCCCAUUCAUAAUGAGAAAUUUGAACUAGGAGAUAAUAAA